AUGGUGCUGCGCACGUUCUGGAAUAUCGGUGCUGGGCUGGUGUAUCGGCUGGUGAACAAGCGGUCGAUGGGCAAAGGAGUCAUGGGCGUGAGCUACCCGUCCGUGUGGAAAGGGAGAACGGGGCUGCUUGACUGUGACGUGAACCUGCAUCUCAACAAUGCGUCCUAUCUCUACAGCAUGGAGCUCGCGCGCUGGCACUUCACCGCUGCCAAUGGCAUAUUGUGGCAGGCAAUCAAGAACCGCCGCAUGGUCCUCGUGGGCUCGCAGGCUGUUCGCUAUCGCCACGCGAUCCCUCCUUUCCACGCGUAUGAGAUCAAGACGCAGGUGAUAUAUUGGGACGACGAUUGGAUCUACUUGUUGCACCGAUUCGAGGACCCUACGACUGGCAAACAGUUCGCGGAAGGGCUCGUACGUGGCGUCAUAAUGAAAGGCCGUCGUCGAGUGUCUGCAAACAAGAUUUUCGCCGAAGUGAGUGACGGCGAGAUGAUAGAAGCGCCGAAGAUGCCGGAUGUGGUGAAAAGCUUUUUGGAGUGGGAUGACGCGUGCAAUGCCAGCAUGCGCGAGGCUGGCCAGAAGGCCGAGUUGGAACUAGAGGCGAGGCCGCCUUCGCCCACGCCUGAGAAGCUGAGCGCUCGUAUCACGCAGGAAAUGAAGAGGUCCAUGAACUUGCCGUAA